UACAAGUGGCAAUGAGAGUAACAGCAAACCUACGCCAAACCCACAUCCAAAACUGUCCACAGGAACUUUCUGGCUCACCCGCAUUGUCCUUUUGCGUUAUCUAGGCUUUAUUUAUUUUGUGGCCUUUCUGGUUGCUUUGCAUCAGAACAAACAGCUUAUUGGAAGAAAUGGGUUGCUGCCUGCUGACAAGUAUUUGGAAGGCAUUGAACACAGAAGUGGGGGAGUAAACAUGAAGAGCUGGAGUUAUGUCCCUUCUCUACUUUGGCUUGUUGACUACAAAUCCAACAUUGACACUUACCUAGAUUACAUAGCUCUGGCUGGAAUGACUCUCUCGGGUCUUGUGAUGGUUAUGGGUGGAGCUAAUUGUGUUGUCAUGGCAGUCCUCUGGAUGCUUUACCAUUCCAUUGUCAAUGUAGGACAAAGAUGGUAUUCCUUUGGAUGGGAAUCCCAGCUUCUGGAGACAGGCUUUCUUGCCAUAUUUCUGUGUCCUGUCUACAGUAUCAACCCUGUUCCCAGGGGCACUCCGGUGUCCCGUGUGGCCAUCUGGGCUUACAGGUGGCUCAUUUUUCGCAUCAUGCUUGGAGCAGGUUUGAUAAAAAUCAGGGGGGAUAAAUGUUGGCGUGACUUGACCUGUAUGAAUUACCAUUAUGAGACUCAGCCAGUUCCCAAUCCACUCAGUUAUUACCUGCAUCAGUCACCUGAAAUCUUCCACAAAUUUGAGACUUUGACGAACCACUUUGUUGAGCUGGUUGCCCCAUUUCUGCUUGUGUUGCCACGGAGAUUCAUGAUUGCCGGUGGAGUAAUUCAGAUUUUAUUUCAGGUAGUCCUGAUUAUCAGCGGUAAUUUAAGCUUCCUCAACUGGUUGACAAUGUUACCGUCCCUGGCCUGCUUUGAUGAUGUCAGCCUGUCCUGGAUGUUCUCUACUAAGAGGGGCUCUGCCCACUGGAGGGUGACAGAGAUACAGAUGGCUCACAAGCUGGGCAAAGCCCCGCCUCUUACACUAGGUAACUAUGUACGACGUGUUUACAACAUUUGCCUUGGUUGUACCCUGGUUUAUCUUAGCCUGCCUGUGGUACAGAACCUUCUCUCCUCCAGACAGGCCAUGAACACCUCUUUUGAUUCACUCAGGAUUGUGAACACCUACGGGGCCUUUGGCAGCAUAACUAAGGAGAGAACGGAGGUGAUAUUCGAGGGCACGUAUAGCUCUGAUCCCUACAGUCCACAGGCUGUGUGGCAGGAGUACCAGUUCAAGUGUAAACCGGGCAAUAUCACCAGACGCCCCUGCAUUAUCUCCCCUUACCAUUACCGCCUUGACUGGCUCAUGUGGUUCGCAGCUUUCCAGAAUUUCCAGUACAACCCAUGGCUGGUACAUCUCGCUGUUAAACUUUUAGCCAAUGAACCCACAGCAACCUCCCUGAUCGACUACAACCCUUUUCAAGGAAAACCUCCACCAAAGUUUAUACGUGCAGAGCACUACCAGUAUAGGUACACUCGUAUUGGCAGCAAGGCAGCUACCAAAGGCCAGUGGUGGAGGAGAAAACGCAUUGGCAACUACCUACCGCCAGUCUCCCUCCAGUCAGCUCAACCCAUUGUGAAACAGAUGGGCUGGAAACUGCCAGAGAUACAGGACAGUUGAGGAGAUGUCUCAAGUCAACCAUAGACAACCAGGGAUUUCAACUUAUCUAAGGGUGUCAGCAGUGAGUGUGUUACUGGGUCUUAUACAGGGGAUUGUCUUUAUUGUACUCAGACAAGAUUAGGCCUGAAAUAAACGACAAACUACAGUAUACAUCAGUCAUUGUUUUCAGACAAGCAAGGUUAGGCCUGAAAUAAACAAACUACUGCAUACAUCAGUCAUUGUUCACAGACAAGCGAGAUUAGGCCUGAAAUAAACAAACUACUGCAUACAUCAGUCAUUGUUUUCAGACAAGCAAGGUUAGGCCUGAAAUAAACAACAAACUACACUGUGCAUCACUCAUUCUGUACAGACAAGCAAAAUUAGGCCUGAAAUAAGCAACAGACUACAGUGUACAUCAGUCUUUGGCCUGAAAUAAACAACAAACUACAGUGUGCAUCACUCAUUCUGUACAGACAAGCGAAAUUAAGCCUAAAAUAAGCAACAAACUACUGUACGCAAUGUACAUCAGUUAUUGUUCUCAUACAAGUGAGAUUAGGCCUGAAAUAAGUUACUGUAUAUGUCACGCAGACCAGUUCAGCUGGCUGUGCCUUUGUUGGCAGGAAACUAGCCUGAAUUCCACAAAGAACAUUGCACAUGUCAAACUGACCCUCAGCGGUUAUGUUUCUUUUGCUAUUUUUUGGUAUUAGCCCAGUACCAAAGCAAGUCUGAGGCCAGCUUGUUGUGACACUCGGUAGAGUCUUAGUAAAUAAUUGUGGCCGUUGGUAAUCUUUUGGCCAUAUUAUUAGGGGUUGUUACUGCUAAAAUUUGGUUCCUAAUGUUUUACAAGUUAUUCAUACUGUUACUGAGGUUUAUCUUGACAGACCACAGAGGUUCAGUGACAUUUGAUAACAGGAUAGGUUUAACAGGCUGUCGAAGUGAGAACAAAGGAUGGGUAACUUAACAUUUUGCAGAGCGUAAAACUGUGACCAACUGUUUUAUGAUUAAGUUAGAGGCUUGCAUGCUGUGUAUGUACAUACACAAGGUCAUGGCUGUUUUUGUGUCUGUUUUAGCCUCUAAACAGAAAAUGAUUGACACCAUAUAGUAUAGUCUUGAUUGACACUAUGUUGUAUUGUCUGGAUUGACACUAUAUUGUAUUGUCUGGAUUGACACCGUAUGGUAUGGCCUGGAUUGACACCGUAUGGUAUGGUCUGGAUUGACACCCUAUGGUAUAAUCUGGAUUGACAUGGUAUGGUAUUUUCUGGAUUGACACCGUAUGGUAUAGUCUGGAUUGACACCAUAUGGCAUAGUCUGGAUUGACACCCCUAUGGUAUAGUCUGGAUUGGCACAGUAUGGUAUAGUCUGGAUUGACACCGUAUUGUAUGGUAUAGCUUUGGUGGAUUACAUUGCGCUGUGUGUUGUUCUUUGCCCUCUGACAGGUAAUUUAGGUCGCACUGUAUUCACCGCUCACCUGUACUUAGGUGGAAAUAUGUGGUUGGCAACACUCAGAGCUGUUUAGAUGAUAUAACUGAGAGUUAGUCUGCUACAUGCCAGUGUGAUGGGGAUGUUCCCAGGAACUCAAUCACUUCAGACCAUGAUACUGACUGCUGUUUAAGUAAUAAACACUGUUUUAAAAGUAUUGCACCGCUGAUGGAAUAGCUUGAGGCAUGCAUUUUCAGUUACAUGUAUGUGUGCCUAGCUUCUUGUAUACCUGCCUUUGGGUGUAAAAUUGUUUCUCGAAACAUUUAUUGUGUUCAUAAUCUGGUGGUAAUUUUUUUUAUAAAAUAUGAUUUUAAGGAUAUCUUAUGUCAAUAUUGGCAUGUGUUCUGGCUCAAAAUUGUAGCUUUUUAUUAAAUGCAACCUGUGACAAAUAUCAUUGUGCAUUCAAAAGAGAAUCUACUCAUUUUAACAGAAUAUCUGAGUGAAGCUGGAAUGUAUUCUGUUAUAUAGUGUGUUAAUACUUUAAUAAAUCUUUAUGUUCGGUCAGUAGAAUGUGUGUGUUAAAUAUAUAUUCUGGCAUCAUUUAAACAACAUACUUUCUGUUAAAUUUGACAGAUUAUUUUUUGAGAGUAACUUGAGAACCUAUACUGUAAAACAGGCAUCAGACAUAUACAAAUAAAUUAUUUUUUACAU